AUGGCCGCACUUACUGAUGAGCAAAUCCGAGAGGCGUUCAACCUUUUUGAUGCUGACGGCUCCGGCGCUAUUGAUGCAGAAGAAAUGGCACUGGCAAUGAAGGGACUUGGCUUUGGUGAUCUGCCGCGGGACGAGGUGGAACGUAUGAUCCGCACAAUGGAUACAGAUGCCAAUGGUCUGAUUGAAUACGGUGAGUUUGAACGUGUGGUGAAGUCACGUAUGGCUCAGAAGGACUCACCAGAAGAGGUACUGAAGGCAUUUCAAUUAUUUGACCUUGAUAAGAAGGGAAAGAUUUCAUUUGAAAACCUGAAGGAGGUGUCGAAGCUAUUGGGUGAGAAUCCCGGCGAUGACGUACUGCGUGAGAUGAUUGCUGAGGCUGAUGAAGAUGGUGACGGUGAAGUGUCCUUUGAGGAGUUUAAGAACGUUAUGAUGCAAAUGCGUGGAAAGUAG